ACUAUAGUAUUUUAUACUUAGUUGGAUGAAAUCAUGUGAUAAUACCCAAUUAGAGCGUAAAUUUCUGGAAAUUGUGACGGAGAAAGAGAGAUUAUCCACAUAAUCACUAUGUGGCCAUUCAGCAAAAAAGGGGUUUCUGGAUUUUCAUGGAGUUCCACUGCUGAGCAAGUUACUCAUGGAAUCGAUGCAUCUGGCUUCACUGCCAUUGUCACUGGAGCAUCUAGUGGUAUUGGUGUUGAGACUACGCGUGUUCUUGCUUUACAUGGUGUUCAUGUGAUUAUGGCCAUUAGAAAUAUAGCUGCUGCCAGAGAUGUCAAAGAAGCAAUACUUAAGGAGAUUCCCUCGGCGAAAAUUGAUGUCAUGGAGUUAGAUCUUAGUUCAAUGGCAUCUGUUAAGAAAUUUGCAUCAGAAUUUAUUUCCUCUGGUCUCCCAUUGAACAUCUUGAUAAACAAUGCGGGAGUUAUGGCGUGCCCUUUCAUGCUGUCCAAGGACAACAUUGAACAACAAUUUGCCACAAACCACUUAGGUCAUUUUCUCUUGACACAUCUUUUGUUGGACACUAUGAAGAAAACAGCACAUGAAAGUAACAAAGAAGGAAGAAUUGUUAAUGUCUCCUCAGAGGCUCACAAAUUUGCAUAUUCUGAAGGAAUCCGUUUUGACAAAAUCAAUGAACAAUCAAGUUACAACAGCUGGCGUGCAUAUGGACAGUCAAAGCUUGCUAACAUUUUACAUGCCAAUGAGCUAGCAAAACGUCUCAAAGAUGAUGGGGUGAAUAUCAUUGCAAAUUCUCUUCAUCCAGGAGCCAUUGUGACCAAUCUUUAUCGUCAUACCAGUGCAAUCAACGGUAACUGUUAUAUUGUAGUAUUUAUUAAAUGCGGUUGGCAGACUUGUGAUGAAAAAUGCUCAGCAGGGAGCAGCUACAACAUGCUAUGUAGCAUUGCAUCCACAAGUGAAGGGAGUUAGUGGUGAGUAUUUUUCAGACAGUAAUGUGUGCAAAACAACCUCACAAGGGAAGGAUGCUGAUUUGGCUAAGAAACUCUGGGAUUUUAGCAUUAGUUUGAUUGAGGAGAAAUAGAAUAACAAAGUGUUAUAAUGACAUUCAUUGUCUAUGUCUGAAAUGUAUUAAAACCAUAGCUUUCUCAAAAGAAUUGGGUAAGAACAGAUAUUAUUAAAAGAGGAUCUCCCAUUGUGAAACUCAAUGAAAUUUACUCUGAGUUUCUUACACUACUACAACUGGUCCUACAAUGACAUGUAUAUUAUAUUUAUGCAACUCUUUCAUGAUUUACUUUGAUGAUAAUAACAUGUGCAAGUUUAUUUAA